AUGGUUGCCAUAUCAAGACGUUUAAGAAAAGUAUUAAAAUAUCUACUACUAAUUUCGUGUGCGACACUUAGCAUCAGAUACAUACACUUCUGUGUUCUGAAUUAUUGUAUUACGUACGAGGAGUAUAAUUUAGAGAAGAAGUAUUACAAUGUGUCAAAUGAUAUAUUACAUAAAUACGAUGAGCUACGAAGACGAAAUUUACGCCACGGAUUGAAGAUAUCUUCAAGUUCAUAUCAUGAUAACAUUCUGGAUGAAGAAUAUGAUGAAGUACGUGAAUCUAGUAAUAAAGAAAAUGCCGUAUUACUGAUGUUAGUAAGAAAUUGGGAAUUAUCAUACGCUUUAAAAUCCAUGAGAUCCCUUGAAGAUAGGUUUAAUCGCAAUUAUAACUAUGAUUGGGUCUUUUUGAAUGAUGUACCCUUCGAUGCAGCAUUUAUAGAGGCUACUACUUUAAUGGCCAGUGGGGAAACAAAAUACGCAUUGAUCCCAUCGAGCGAUUGGGAUAGACCCGAUUGGAUUGAAGAUGAUAUUUUCGAACAAAGUUUAAACGACAUGGAGAAACAAAAUAUAAUAUAUGGUAAUUCGAAAUCAUAUCGUAAUAUGUGUCGAUUUAAUUCAGGGUUUUUCUUCAGACAAAAAAUAUUAGACCAAUAUGACUAUUAUUUCAGGGUAGAACCAGAUGUAGAAUAUUUUUGUGAUUUCCCAUAUGAUCCAUUUCAAGUAAUGCGUCAACAGAAUAAGAAAUAUGGGUUUGUAAUAUCUUUGGUAGAAUAUGAGAGUACUAUACCAACAUUAUGGAAAACUGUUCGUGAAUAUAUUGAAUUAAAUAAUGAUCAAACGAUUGAUACAAGUAGUGAUCUUUAUCAAUUUAUUACAGAUUGGAAUGACAUUCGAACACCAAGAUCCAGAGUUGAACCUACCGAUAGAUAUAAUAUGUGUCAUUUUUGGUCGAAUUUUGAAAUAGGCGAUUUGAAUUUUUUUAGAAGUAAAGAGUAUAUAAGAUUUUUUGAUUAUCUUGAUUCAAGUGGUGGGUUUUAUUAUGAGAGGUGGGGUGACGCACCAGUGCAUAGUAUUGCAGCCGUUUUAUUGUUAAGGGAAAAUGAAAUUAUUCAUUUCGAUGAGAUCGGAUAUAUGCAUGCUCCUUAUUUUACAAUACCUCAAUCAGAAUACUUUCAAUUGAAACAAAAGUGCAUUUGUGAUCAGACGGAAGAAGCUAGAAUUGAUUUUUCUGGGAUCAGUUGUCUUACCAGAUGGUGGAAACAUGGUUCCGGGAAGAAAUUUAUGAGAGAAACAUAUCAAUCAUAG